AAAGCGCAAAGUACCCUGGGAACUCUGGGAGGAACGCGCCGACGAUAGUCGAUGGUGGAAUUAAAUUUUGCAUUUUAUUGAAUAUUUAUUUACAUUUGUAUUAAGAAUUGAUUAUGUAAUGUGGAAGCGAACAGACUCGAGCUGUACGUCAUAAUUGUGGACGUUGAAACUUUAAGGUUCGUACUAUAAAAGACGACCAAAGCUCAACGCGUCCAACGGGCCCAUAAAAAGAGCCUUCCUGUCCCUGCGCCUGUAAAGCCCUCACGUGGCACAAUUGGGCGCUGGGCCAGGCCGUGCAACGCUAGACCGGUGAGUUCCCACACAAAAUAUUGCUUGGUAGCACGGCGGGCACUCAAAACCAACUAACCAUGUCUGUACAAAGUGUUGCUCUGGCAUCUCUCCACGCCACCUAUACCGACUCGGAGGGCGAGGACGGGGUGGAAGACGAACGGCUGCAGGAGGAGAAUUCGAACACUCCCCAGGGGGCCGCCCCGCAUAAUGCCCAAGUCGGUCGUCAGCCCCAGGCCCGAUCUGGCACCAGUCCCAUAUCUGGAGGCCGUUCAGCCUCGCACAGUCCCGUCGUCGGCAAGUCUGCCGGUAGUAGCGACUUGCCGGGCGCGGCUACGAAGGUGCAACGAUUGGUCUCUUAUUUUGACGACUCGGUAGUCUCCGAGGAUGACGAGGGGACGGUCGUAGCUACGUUGCCGCCGCCGUCGCCGUCGCCACCGCCGGCACCGGCACCGUCGUUGACGACGGCGAGCGCGGCGACCACGACCGCGACGGUCGCGGAUGGUCGCCCGGAGGAGAACGGUCUCCUACCGGUCGCAACCGCCGCAGGAGGCACCGCCACCGUCGUUGCUACCGCGACUGUUACCGCCAUCGGCGCCGGCAACGCCGAGCGUCGAUCGCCCACCUCGCGUCCCGGAGAAUUGCUUUCAGAUAAUAACGGGGAGACCAAGGACCCAUACGGUGUCACGAUACCACCGGAACCACCCGGUCAAUGUCCCGCCGAACUGCAGGACAAGAUCGCUAGGCUAUAUCGGAAAAUGGAGACUGACCUGCUAGACAUGAAUACGUUGAUCCAGCAGCGCAAGGAGUUCCGGAAUCCAUCCAUUUACGAGAAACUUAUUCAGUUUUGUAGCAUCAACGAGCUGGGCACCAAUUAUCCACCGGACAGGUUUGAUCCUUUCAAAUGGAACAAGGACUCCUACUACGAGGAACUUGCCAAGGUGCAAAAAACGGAGAUGGACAAGCUGGAGAAGGCGCGGAAAGAGAAGACGAAGAUCGAGAUCGUCUCCGGGACUGCGAAGCGGCCGAACAGCUCCACGGGCAGCGGCGCCGAGGAACCUCUCAGGUCCGAUGACGCUAAGAAGCGGAAAAGUAAGUGGGAUCAAGUGGCUUCCGGCGGUGUCGCCGCCGCCGCUGCCGUUGCAGCCGCUGCAGCUGCCGCCGCGACCGCCAAGCCCACGGUCCUCCUCGCACAACCUACCCUGACGACCCUCGCGUCGUCCGGCGCCGGCGCCAAACCCACCGUAAUAUCGACCUUCGGCUCGGUACCAAAAAAGAGAUUAUAACAUAUCGUGUAAAUGUGCGUGCUGUGUAAAUAAUAUUCGUCGAAAGAGAGAUGUCCUUCUCUCUUCGUUAGACGGUUGUAAGGAAGAGGAGACGCGAUCCUGUAAUAAAAUUCCGGAAACUUAAAUCCUUGCGCGGUUGUACAAUUCUUCCUUUUCGUAGUGGCACUUUCGAAAUUGAUAUUUAUUUAGAUGAAUUUUAGAUAACAUCA